UUUUUAGUAUUUUAUACUAUUUUAUACUGUUUCAAUUCAACAACCGCAUCGAGCCAUCGAAAUUCAUAUUUUAUUAUGGCCGAUAAUAAAAGAAAGGUUUCUCCAAAGUGGGUGGUUGUCUUAUUCCCUGAUUACAGGGAAUAUAGUGUAGUACCAAUAAAUUGGCUAACUCUAACUGAUCCUCAGUUUUGCUACUGGCCACCUGGCAAAGUGGAUAGUGAUGUCCUACAAAUGGCAGAAGAGCCUGAUUAUACAUGGACUAAGUACAAGGUUAAAGUCCAUGGUGGGAACAAAACUUUUGAUAAUUUUAGAAAAGCAUGGUACCAACAGGUCGAAAUUGAAAAAUCCACAACAGAGACUGAAAUUGAAGAAUAUGAAGCCUCAAAGCCCAAAAGAAUUAAAAAGGUGUCUGCUAUGAAAAAUAAAUCUCUAUUUGAUAAUAUAUCAGAUCAAAGCAAUGAUUCGGAUGGUAAUUAUUUUGAAGUAAUGGCUUCAUCUACAAAUUAUCCAUUACCUGUACUUGUACCAGUUACACCGGAAGGUGCAAUAGCUUCAACAAGUUAUUCACAAACAGUUGGUGUAGAAUUAAGGCAAGAAGAUUACACAGAAUUGAUGCCAACAACAUCAAAUCAAACUAAAAAUGUGUGCUCAACGUCAGACAUUUCACUCCAGGUAUUUAUGUCUUAUGUUGUAAAUUAAUUCCAUUACAACCUACCAUUAUAUUUUGUAUUUUUAUGAAUCAAUCUAAACGUAGAAAAAUCUUUAGCAUAUAAAUUUACAACUUGUUUUUAAUAACUAAAUCUUCCUUAAUUCACAUAAAUGUUUUA